UUUCCGACCAUCACCAGAACCAUUCGCUCUUUGCAUAUCGCCAAACCAAUUCGAAUCUUCUGCCAUUUUCUCGCUUAUAGUGUCUACUCAACGACUGCUCUCUCUCUCUUUCUCUCUGACGGACAUACAUCAAUCAUCUGCUAAUAAUGGACUCCACAACCCUAGCUCUCCCCUCCCACUUUCCUGCUAUGCGGAUCCCUCGUCACAGACGAUCAAUCUCGCCUCUAACAUUCUUUAACCAGUUUUCUCCUUCUUCCUCGUCUUGUUCUUGUUCUUCUCUUUCGCCUUCCACUGUAAUCGUUUCCUUUGGAACAUGUAAUAGUCGACGCUUCAGAACUGCUUGUGUUGGCCCUCCUGAACAAGAUAUCGCCGACAAGCCUAAUCGUGCGAUUGACAAUGACGAGGACUUCGUUUCAGUUACUUCCGUCCAGCUAGAAACCAUCGAGGAUGUUCCUUUGGUAGGAGCGGAGAAUUUUGGUGCGGACAAGAGCAUCUGGACACAGAUGAAGGAGAUCGUCAUGUUUGCAGGCCCUGCAACUGGGCUCUGGAUAAGUGGCCCCCUGAUGAGUCUCAUUGAUACUGCAGUUAUUGGCCAAGGGAGCUCAGUGGAGCUUGCUGCCUUAGGACCAGGCACCGUGGUUUGUGAUUAUCUGAGUUACGCCUUCAUGUUCCUGUCCAUAUCCACUUCCAAUAUGAUAGCCACGUCCCUCGCUAAAGAGGAUAUAAAUGAAGUACAACAUCAGAUAUCCAUCUUGCUGUUUGUUGCUUUAGCUUGUGGUGUGGGAAUGCUUUUCUUCACGAAAUUUCUAGGCGCAAGGAUACUAACUGCUUUCACUGGGCCAAAGAAUAUGCAUUUAGUACCUGCUGCAAACACAUAUGUUCAGAUUCGAGGCUUAGCCUGGCCAGCGAUUCUUGUCGGAUGGGUUGCUCAAAGUGCCAGUCUAGGCAUGAAAGAUUCUUGGGGACCUUUGAAGGCUUUGGCAGUUGCUAGUGCUGUAAAUGGCAUUGGUGAUAUCAUCUUAUGCUGUUUCUUCGGAUAUGGUAUUGCUGGUGCAGCUUGGGCAACAAUGGUUUCACAGGUUAUUGCAGCGUUUAUGAUGAUUGGAACUCUGAACAAGAAAGGCUAUAAUGCUUUCUCUUUAUCCAUCCCAUCACCCAAGGAACUAGUACAAAUACUGGAGUUAGCUGGUCCAGUGUUCAUAACAAUGAUAUCAAAGGUGGCCUUUUACUCUCUUCUUGCAUAUUUUGCUACUUCUAUGGGCACAAACACUAUUGCAGCCCAUCAGGUCAUGGUUCAGGUUUACUGCAUGUGUACUGUAUGGGGGGAGCCCCUUUCUCAAACUGCACAGUCAUUUAUGCCUGAGUUGAUGUAUGGAGUUAAUCGUAGUUUGGAAAAGGCAAGGAUGUUACUGAAGUCACUUGUGAUUAUUGGAGCCUUAACUGGAUUUAUAUUAGGAACUGUUGGGGCAUCUAUCCCUUGGUUGUUCCCUUUCCUUUUCACAGCUGAUCAUGAGGUCAUUGGAGAGAUGCACAAAGUGUUGCUUCCUUACUUCGUUGCAUUAUUGGUGACACCUUCUAUGUGUAGCCUUGAAGGGACAUUGUUGGCUGGCCGGGAUCUUAGGUUUCUAAGUUUAUCAAUGAGUGGGUGUUUUACUUUGGGUGGCCUUCUGUUAGUGCUUGUGAACAGUAGAGGGUGUGGUCUGCCAGGCUGCUGGUGGGGACUUGCAGGAUUUCAAUGGGCUCGAUUCUGCCUUGCUCUGCAACGGCUUGCUUCACCUCAUGGCAUACUAUACUCGGAAGAAUUCAACCAACAUAAACUGGAAAUUUUGAAAGCUGCAUAGUUAUCCAUUUCUAUCCAUUUGAAGUUUGAUAAUGUUAUUCGCUCAUUCGAUUAAAGGUAUGUAUCGAAGUUAACAUUCUUGCUUUUGGACUAUAAUUGGAGAUUACAGGAGCACCCCAAUGCCAUUGUUCAAGCUGCCAAAAGGUUUGUGAUGGUCAUUAAUAUCAGCAUCCUUAUCCUUAGAAGUCUCAAAGAGGCUUGUGCCACAACUGUAUGAAUUGUCUUAUGUUUUGCUGAUAUUGAAAGUAGUUGUUCCAUUAUUCAUUGUUAACUGUACAAGUAUGUAAUUAGAAGAAAACUGUUCCUUCUUUAAUUUUGGCUG